AUGGCUCCGGUAUCCAUCACUACUGCGCUUUUAAAUCUUAUCGCCGUCGUCGGGGAAACGGCAGCGGCGGUUGCUACGUUUUGUCGGCGUUCCCGAGACGCAAGGUCUGACCUUUUGGCAGUGACAGGCGAGUUGGCGCAGCUUCAGCUCGUGCUCGAGUUGCUGAGAGAGGAUACUGCUGUCAUUGAUGACGGCGCCAUACCCGAGGAUGUUCACAACCGAGCUCUUUCGACGAUCGGGAACUGCUCGAAUGUCAUUGAGGAGAUCAACAAAACCCUUGGCAGCUGCGAGCGCCCCAAUCGGGGCCUGCAGUGGACGUUUGCGAUCAAGGCUGAGGUUGAUGGUCAGCGGGAAUUGUUGAACGCUCACCGAGAUACACUGCACAUGGCGCUGGAUGCCGUUGCUCUUCUGGCUGUUAAAGGUCUUAAGAGUGCUAAAAGUCAGGUUUCGGUGACUGUGCACGACGUCGGUUCGGAUUCGGAAGAGGUGAUAGAUGUCUGCACCGCGGUCACCAUCCCCUCAACCACUGGGGAUCAGGAUCUGGGAAUAAUUCAGAACACCGGAGCUGUCACAAUAUACACCGAGGAACCACCACAUGAUCCUAGAUCCCAGUGGGAUGACAUCUUCGAAACUUUGGACCAGGACAGCAACGGGAUUAUAAACGGAGACGAAGCGGUGCCGUUCUUUGAACAGUUCAACCUACCAAGCCAAACCCUUGCUGAAAUUUGGGACCAAGCAGACGAAGGCAGCCGAGGAUAUUUGACCAAAGGACAGUUCGCUCAUGCAAUGGAGCUCAUUCAGCGCGCCCGCCACGACCAGCUAUUCAACGAGCUUGACGCAGGAGGGAAAGGAUACCUCCUUGGCACGGAAGCAAGCCCCUUUUUUGAACAGUCUUGUCUACCAGUGGAGACGCUGGGGAGGAUCUGGCAGCAGGUGGACAAAGAGAACAAGGGGUUCCUCAGCAGGGAGGAGUUUGGGAUGGUGUUAGAUCUUAUUAGGGGGGAAAGGUUGGUUGAGCCGGAGGAUAAGGCGCGGUUUGAUGAGGUCUUUGCUAGGCUUGAUGCGGAUGGGAAGGGUAUGAUCAGAGGGGAGGAAGCGUGUGUUUUCUUGAAUAAUUCCAAACUGCCGGAUCUGGUGUUGGGACAGAUAUGGGAGCUGGCAGAUGUGGAUACGGAUGGGUAUCUUACCAAGGAUGAGUUUGCCGUGGCGAUGUAUAUGAUAAAGCAGCAGAGGAUGGGGGUUACGAGACUGCCGAAGGUUGUGAUUAGGGGUGUGAGGUUCUUUGAUUCAUAG